GAAAGGGUUAUUCUGCCUUAGCCUGCCUAUAAAAAUGCUAUUGGCUGUUACCUGGCUUGGCCAAAGUACAGCCAGAAUGUCUUCUCUCGCCAUUCAGUGCAUUUGUUAUUUUGGCUGAAAGGAAAUAAGCAGAACCCUGCACUUCCAGAGCAAAGAUGGAGCAACGGGACACAAUCAAGAGGGAAGGGAGGCUGACACCAGUGCUUGCUUUGGCGACGCUGAUAGCUGCCUUUGGGUCAUCCUUCCAGUAUGGGUACAAUGUGGCUGUUAUUAACUCCCCUGCCAAGCUCAUGAAAGCAUUUUAUAACGAGACCUACUAUGACAGAAUCAGUGAAUACAUAAGCGAAUUUUCCUUGACCUUGCUGUGGUCGGUUUCUGUGUCCAUGUUUCCCUUCGGAGGCUUCCUCGGCUCCCUCAUGGUCGGCCCCUUGGUGAAUAAAUUAGGCAGAAAAGGAACCUUGCUGUUCAACAACAUCUUUUCCAUCGUGCCUGCGAUCUUAAUGGGAUGCAGUGAAGUUGCCAGGUCAUUUGAGAUGAUCAUUGUGUCCAGACUUUUGGUGGGAAUAUGUGCAGGUCUGUCUUCCAAUGUCGUCCCUAUGUACUUAGGGGAGCUGGCCCCUAAGAACCUGAGGGGGGCCCUGGGGGUGGUGCCCCAGCUCUUCAUCACCGUCGGCAUCCUUGCGGCCCAGAUCUUGGGUCUUCAGAGUCUCCUCGCAAACGAAGAAGGCUGGCCCAUCCUCCUCGGGGUGACCGGGAUCCCCGCGGCACUGCAGCUCCUUCUGUUGCCCUUCUUCCCCGAGAGCCCCAGGUACCUGCUGAUUCAGAAGAAAGAUGAAGCGGCUGCCAAAAACGCGCUGAGGAGGCUGCGCGGCUGGGACGACGUGGACGCCGAGACGGAGGAGAUGCGGGAGGAGGACAAGGCCGAGAAGGCCGCGGGCUUCAUCUCCGUGCUGCAGCUGCUCAGAAUGAGGUCCCUGCGGUGGCAGCUCAUCUCCAUCGUCGUCCUCAUGGGCGGCCAGCAGCUGUCGGGAGUGAACGCGAUCUACUACUACGCAGACCAGAUCUACCUGAGCGCUGGGGUGAGAGCACAGGAUGUCCAGUAUGUGACGGUGGGCACAGGCGCAGUCAACGUGCUGAUGACCGUCUGCGCCGUUUUCGUGGUGGAGCUCCUGGGGAGGAGAGUCCUUCUCCUCCUCGGCUUCUCCAUCUGCUGCACCGCCUGCUGCGUGCUGACGGCCGCCCUGGCUCUGCAGGACACAGUAUCCUGGAUGCCCUACGUCAGCAUCGCCUGCAUCAUCUCCUAUGUCAUAGGACAUGCCCUUGGGCCCAGUCCUAUCCCCGCUCUGCUCAUCACCGAGAUCUUCCUGCAGUCCUCCCGGCCGUCUGCCUACAUGGUGGGGGGCAGUGUCCACUGGCUCUCCAACUUCACUGUGGGCUUGAUCUUCCCAUUCAUUCAAGUGGGCCUCGGAGCCUACAGCUUUAUCAUUUUUGCCGUGAUAUGUCUUCUCACCACCAUCUACACCUUCCUGGUUGUCCCCGAGACCAAGUCGAAGACCUUCAUAGAAAUCAGUCAGAUCUUCAGCAAGAUGAACAAAGUGUCAGAGGUGCACCCAGAAAAGGAGGAGCUAAAGGACUUUCCGCCCUCUACUGCGGGGCUGUAACUCAAGAGCAGGAGCCUGUUAAUCAGGUCUGCGUGGAGCUUCCCUCCUGGGCUAUGAAUCCAGAACUAGGACAAGUCCGGUGUGGAAGGCAGACCCUGAUGGGACUGUCGUAAGGGCUUCUGUGCAGUUCUUAAAGCCAGGCUGUCUCUUUCCAGAUUGACCCGUCACCAACCCCAGGGCAUGCCGGGCAGCUGUCCUUCAACCAUGCUGGGUCAGCCAUUGUGUGGCUCCUGGCAACACCGGCUCUUAUAAUGAAAACCAUUACCGUGGUGUUGAGAUGGAAGGAAUCAAAUGUGGCCAAAGAAACUAAUUCUUCUCCAGUCCCGUAGUCUUCCGGGGGCCACGGGCACGUGUUCAGGGUGGAAUCCAUCCUCUUGUGAGAUCCAUCUCCAGAAACACUAGUUUUGAAAAGUAUGAUGUCACAAGUAAUGAUGUCUAGGAAUCUGGGAAGCAGGUCCCUAUGGAGACUUUAACCAAGUCAGAGAUUAUUGUUCCCAAAUUAUAUUAUUAGAGGACAAUAGAAUUGCCUCUGUAUACUCAAUAAAACAAAUAUGAUCACUUUUCA